UGCACCCCCCCCCCCAGCUUUCUCCAGGAACCCCCCCCCCCACUCCACCAAUGCUUUGCCUCCUGGCAUUCGCUUUCUGGACAGCCUUGAAUCAGGGUUAACCAAGCCAGGAGGAGGAGACCCCCCACCCCCCACCCCGAGAAUUGAAUUGUGUGCAGCAGUUUGGACCCGGAGCUGGGGGGGGAGAGAUCUCGGAUCCUCGCCCCCCAUACACAGCCCAUUUCCUAAGGAGAGCGAGAGGAAAAAAAGACCCCGGCUCGGACCCCCACACGCCGAGCAUCCGAUGGCACAAAGGGUAGUACGAUGACCUGGUGCAUUACCCUGCCAUGGAUGGAGUCGCUCUGCCUGGGUUCGGGGACCCUCACACGGCUCGGAGUUUGCCGCACCACGCGCUGAGCCAGAGCUCGCCCUAUGGAUCGGCCGGGGCACCCCACCGGGCAGGGGUGCCCCCGGGUCUGGGGAGCGCCGACGCCUUGAAGAGGGAGAAGGAUGAGAUCUAUGGGCAUCCCUUGUUCCCCUUGCUGGCCUUGGUCUUUGAGAAGUGUGAGCUGGCGACCUGCUCCCCCAGGGAUACCUCGGGCUCUUACCCCGGUGGGGACGUCUGCUCCUCCGAUUCCUUCAACGAGGACAUAGCCGUCUUCGCGAAACAGAUUAGGACAGAAAAACCUUUAUUUUCUUCCAAUCCUGAGCUGGAUAAUUUGAUGAUCCAGUCAAUUCAGGUGCUGCGAUUCCAUCUCUUGGAAUUAGAAAAGGUACACGACCUGUGCGACAAUUUCUGCCACCGCUACAUCACCUGCCUGAAGGGGAAGAUGCCCAUCGACCUGGUGAUCGACGAUCGGGACGGGGGCUCCAAAUCCGACCUGGAGGACUUCACGGGCUCCUGCGCCAGCCUCUCCGACCAGAAUAACUCCUGGAUCCGAGACCACGACGAGACGGGGUCCACGCACUCGGGCACCCCAGGCCCCUCCAGUGGGGGCAUCGCCUCGCAGAGCGGCGACAACUCCAGCGAGCCAGGGGACUGCCUGGACAACAGCGUGGCCUCCCCCAGCACCGGGGACGACGACGACCUGGACCGGGACAAAAAACGCAACAAGAAGCGGGGGAUCUUCCCCAAAGUCGCCACCAACAUCAUGCGGGCCUGGCUGUUCCAGCACCUGUCGCACCCGUACCCCUCGGAGGAGCAGAAGAAGCAGCUGGCGCAGGACACGGGGCUCACCAUCCUGCAGGUCAAUAACUGGUUUAUUAACGCCCGGAGGCGCAUCGUCCAGCCGAUGAUCGACCAGUCCAACCGCACAGGUCAGGGGCCGCCCUACAGCCCCGAGGCGCAGCCCAUGGGCGGGUACGUCAUGGACGGGCAGCAGCACAUGGCCAUCCGCCCCCCAGGUCCGAUGGGCAGUAUGGGCAUUGCCAUGGGAAUGGAGGGCCAGUGGCACUACAUGUGAGCUCUCCUGCUGACGCCAAUGCUGGGGGAUGUUUCCAGGAUAUGCCGGGCCCUGCCGGGCCAUUAUCCUAUCGGGCCCACGGGCACAGAACUCACGCAGCAGCCAGGGUCCGGCACCCCCAUCCCCAUCCCCGCCAGCUCCUCCCCCCCACCCAUGCUCCCAGGCAGCAGCACACGACACCCGCUCCGACGCCCCAGAGCGGGGCGGCCACGGACACAGAGACCCACGCUGCCCUCCCCAGCCCUCCGUCCCCCUCUCCCGCCAUCACCCCAGGAACCACUCGUCCGGGCGGCCAGGCCGGGCCGCGCUCGGAGGGACGCGCAGCCGGGCCGUCGAGCGUCACGGGGUCCCAAGAGGCGGCCGACGGAGAAGCCAGACUCGGGCACUUAAUCGAAGGUGAAACUGACCCGGCCGGCUGGCUGCAAAGGAACCGCUCGGGAGCGUUUGAGAGAAGGAUUCGGGGCUCUUUUGUGUUACUUUGGGGCAGGUUUCUUCUCUCCCUCCACGCACGCACGCCCCCCACCCCACUCCCCAACGGAAAGAAACAACAGUCUCUCGGUUCAGCUUCUCACCCAUCUCCACCACCGUCGCUCAGCUCCGGGGCCUUUCGGGGCAGCAGAAUCCGUCGGGUUUUUUUGGUUUGGUUGGUUUUUUAAUUAUGAAUGAAUUUAUUAUUAUUGACGCGCAGAACGGGGAACUAAAUUAACUUGUACAUUUGUUUUCCUGGU